UUUUGGUUUCCUAGGUAACCUGGGAAAGGAGAGGACGCGGGCAGGACAGUGAGGGGAUAUUUUUGAUGAGUGGCUGCUCUUUUGGUCAAAUUUUGAGCAAAAUUCCUACUUUUUGCGCCUCACCUUUAACAGAUUAGACGCAAAGUAAUAAGCAUUUUAAAUCCGGAGUGAAAGUUAGUCCGUGGGCAUUUAACAGACACCCUUAUCCAGAACCAGAAGCUGAAUGUGUGUACACAUGCCUUGGAGCUGGGAGUCAGAUGGAGAACCACACACACACACUGCCAUGCCUCUCCCCCAUACACUCCCCCACAAACCCUUCUAAAGCACUUUCCCUUUCUCCAUCUCUUCCUCAGCCCUCUGCUACAGUACCUGCCUCACUCCCACUCUCUCCACCUUCUCUUCCCCAGUCCUCUCCUUCUCACCUCCUUCAGUCAUCAGGAGGGUUUAAGUCACACUGCCUCAGUUCCUCAACUCCAUCAGAUCAGGAUGACUUGACCUGCCUCAACUGGCUGCAUCAGAGAAACAUACUGCCUCUGUCCAAAAUGCCCUUACUGCCUCAAUUUGAAACCCCUAUUUCAAAUCUACCAUCUUCCCCGGGCAAGCCUCCAUACUCUUUCAGCAGUCUCAUCUUCAUGGCCAUCGAAGACUCGCCAGACAAAAGGCUUCCUGUAAGAGGGAUCUAUGAGUGGAUAGUCAACAACUUCCCCUACUACAGGACCGCCCCAAGUGGCUGGAGAAAUUCGGUGCGACACAACCUGUCCCUGAGCAAGAGCUUUCACAGGAUGCAAAGGGACAAGAGUCAAUCCAUUGGAAAGGGGUCACUGUGGUGCGUUUGCCCAGAAUAUCGUCCGGCUCUUUUGGAGGUGCUUAAGAAAACCCAUUACUGCCACAGCAAUAACAGCAGUUUGCUGAAUAAUUCUGUUUUGUUGGAGGCUGUUGAUCAUGGUCAGACUGCUACGUGUGACAAUAUGGCAAUUUCAGGCUUAGAUAACCCAACCCUGUCUUCAAAUGCACCAUGCUCUUUGAUCCCAGAGCAUGAGGAGCUGGUGGCCAUACAGUCUGUAGAGCUUACAGAUGAGGCCGAGUCGGAGAAAGACCCACUGGGAGACAGUGGCUACAUCGAGUUCCACUAUUAUCAAUGUGAACGAUACCAAUACCUAGUGUUGCCCGGAAACAGCGACCUGGACCUGGAAACAGUUGAGAUCCUCCAACUUGACGCAGAGGCACAAGAAGCUGCAGGAUCACUGCUCGAUUUAGCAGGAGGAAACCACUGAUACUCUGAUACACAUUCCUGGAUAAGGCCAUACAGAUUAUGUAUAGAGCAUGUACUGUACAUUUUCUGGAAUGAAAAAUUGUUCUGGAAAAAGAUUAAGAGAAAUGAGAGGGCUGUUUAUGUACAGCUUUCAUACAUUGCAGUUUUGCACAAUUUGUGCAAAAAGCAAAAAAAAGAAAACAAAUCUGUCAAUCAUAACAUUAAGGAGGCAACUGGAGUAUACUCUUUCUAAAGUGUUGUUAAACUAUAAUGUACACUCUAGCCACCCAAAAUUCAGAAUUUAUAGCACACAUGACUGUCAAAACAAAACCACUGAUAAAGACAUUUAUCAGGCAGCACUUUUUAUAGCCAGAGAAGAUGUAUACCUUGAAUAUGCAGUUGAAUAAUGUAAGCACUUGGUUCCAAGUUUAUUAGGUACACCUUCCUUGUCGCUACACUGAUUACAAGGUAACCGUAUCAUAAAGGUCACUUGUAGGUAUACAGUUACUGAUGCAGCGGAAAGUGAUCACCACAGGACCAGUCCUGACCAGAUAUUAUCUGGGAGAGGGACCAUUUUCAGCAGCCAUACCAGCACAACUGCCGUCAGUGCUGUACUAAAACUUCUCCAAAUAAUACCCAAUUAGUUAUGGUCCUAACAUGACCCUUUUAUCAUUAACGAAUGGUAAAUACUGCAACUAACAAACUCGGAGGUUUCAAUCGGUGAUUGAUUGCCAUCAGUUAUUGGAUAACUGCACUUAGGUGUACCUAAUAAACUAACAAAUCUGUGUAGUUUGACAUUUUUAAGAAUAAGAAUGAAUUCUUUUCCAUUGAUAUGAAUGAUUUAUAAUGGUUUGUAAAGAUGAAGUGAUAUUAAAGGAAAAACUGCCAGCUAAUACACCUUAUGUGCACCCAAAGUGUAAUAAUUCAAUCUUUUUUUCCCUCUGUUGAUUAUUAACACUAUAAUGUCAAUGUGUUUAAAAAAAAACUUUACUUUUCUGUCAUAAUUAGUGCACCAUAUUUUAUUCUGUUAAUUUAAAUAGGUUCAAUUGUUUAGUGGUGUGUUUAGCAGCUUGAACCAAAAUGCCUCCAUCUUUUGUUUAUAUGUAAGGCACUUGUCAAUAAACUUCUGCAGUGAU